GGCGAUGUGUUUACCUAUGUUUCAUCCGCAGACUGCGACAGCAAUCGUCUUUUAUUUUACGAUGUAAACAAAUAAUAUGAACCCGCGUCUGCUCUCUACUCGCUUUUUAUGAGUGUGAUGUACCCUGCUCCUGUGCGAACGUGAACGCAUCACCAUGGCAUCUUCUAGUUACACCUGCAUCCAAGACAGCGCCACAGAGAAGGACAAGCUGCUCUCCUCCGUAUCAGGCUAUGGCUCCCAGGAUCUUCUUGGAAGUGGCAGCUCCCGCCCUCCUACCCUGGUGGGCUCCAAGCUCCUCCAGCAGGAGGAAGAAGGAGAGGAGGAGGCCCUGAGGAGGAAACUCAAGUAUUUCUUCAUGAGCCCUUGUGACAAGUAUCAUGCAAAGGGGCGCAAGCCUUUCAAACUUGGCCUGCAGCUGCUGAAAAUCAUCAUUGUGACUGUGCAGUUGGUGAUGUUUGGACUGAGUAACCAGAUGGUUGUGACGUUUCAAGAGGAAAACACAGCGGCAUUCAAGCACCUUUUCCUGAAGGGCUACAAGGACAAGAAUCCCCACGCUGUCCACACACAGAUGGAGAUGUACAGCCACAUCAACUUUGCCAUAGAGCAGUACUUGGCUCUACCUCAGAUCUCACUGGGACGGUACGCUUAUGUGCCGGGUGUCGGCGUUAACGGAAGCACGCUCUCCCUCUGUCAGAGGUACUUUAGGAGGGGCACCAUUGACCCCGUCAAUGACACGUUUGACAUCGACCCACAUGUUGUCACAGAUUGUAUUGGACUGGACCCACUGACGUACAGCGCUGCUCCAGGAAACAGUGACUACAAGAAUUUCACUCUCCUGUUUUACAAGCUGAUCAAUGUCACCAUUGACUUCCAGCUGAAGGCCAUCAACAUUCAGACCAUUAUAAAUAAUGAAAUCCCGGACUGCUACACCUUUGCUAUCACAAUUGUGAUGGAUAACAGGGCGCACAGCGGUAAAGUUACGAUCAGUCUUCAGAACCGUGCCUCCAUUAAGGAGUGUAAAGACCCUAAUGUGACUGGACGUGCCGAGAAUUAUGCGCAGGAGUUCUUUGAUGUGCUGGUGGCCAUCGUCUGCGUGCUGUCCUUGCUGCUGUGUGGACGCUCCAUCCUCAGAGGCAUCCUCCUGCAGCAUGAGUACGUGCAGUUUUUCAAUCACAAACUGGGCCGCAGCGUGAGCUGGGGAGACAGGAUGGAGUUCAUCAACGGCUGGUACAUUCUGCUCAUCGUCAGUGACACGUUCACCAUCAUCGGCAGCUUCAUCAAAAUUGGGAUAGAGUCCAAGAAUCUGUCAUCAUAUGAUGUUUGUGGGAUCUUGCUGGGAACAUCCACUCUGCUGGUGUGGGUGGGAGUCAUCCGCUACCUCAGCUUCUUUCAGAAAUACAAUAUCCUGAUUGUGACUCUAAGAGCUGCUUUUCCCAAUGUCAUCCGCUUCUGCUGCUGUGCGGCCGCCAUUUAUUUGGGAUAUUGCUUCUGUGGCUGGAUAGUGCUGGGGCCCUACCAUGCAAAGUUUCGCUCCCUGUCCAUGGUGUCAGAGUGCCUGUUUUCUCUGAUCAAUGGAGACGACAUGUUUGUAACAUUCGCUGAGAUGGAGCACAGCAGCACGCUGGUGUGGACCUUCAGCCAGAUCUACCUUUACACCUUCAUCUCCCUCUUCAUCUACAUGGUGCUGUCACUCUUCAUCGCACUCAUCACCGGAGCUUAUGACACCAUCAUGGCCCAAACACAGGAGCAGGCACACAUCACAGAUCUACAUGCAUUCAUUGCACAGUGCACGGACACGCCCAGUUCUGGCAAGUUCCGUGCACCCGAAGCCUCAUCAUGCUCCUUCCUCUGCUGCUGUGAGUGGUGAGGACAGUGACCUAGUAGAAGCACAGAGGGAGUAAGCAGUGUGUACAUUGAAGGACAUGGGAGUCUUUCUUUCCCUCCAUCUUUAAAGCACCAUAUUUCCACUCCAGUAGCUGACUGCUAUUCCACUCCUUUUUCCAGACACCCAGCAAAGAGGGACGAUUAAUGUCUUGAAGCAGAACUGAGUGACCUUGGACUACUUUGUCCCCUGCUGACCCUGUUUGAAUUUUGCAUUUUAAUUUGUGCUGGAACGGUAGAUUGCACUGAACACUUAAAGGCCCAAUUACCUGCUUCAGCUUUUGUACUGUACUGUAUGAAUAAUUUAUUGUCUUUCUGACUUGUCAGGUUGGUCAGGCUUUGAUGGCUAGAAGCAUAAUGUCGGUAAACAAAGGCUGGACACCGGGUCUGUCGGGUCAAAUUAGGAUGCAUUUUCGCUUGAAUGACCAACCAUUUACAGGGUUUUCAUGAUCAUUUUAUUGUUCGCAUGGCUACUUAGGCAAAAGGAUUUUCAUACGUCUUGAUUAUGUAAAUAUAUGUAUGUCUUGUGGAAUUUAGGCAUAAGGGUGAAGUCAGGCAAACUGGAAAAAAAAAAGAUUGAUCAUUAACUGCAGUACAUGUGCUUUGGCUAACAGUCAAGGCCAUUCUUUCACUCCAGUUCAGUUUGCUUGCUCCUCAUCUCCAUUGUUCACGUCCUCCUGUGACUGGAAGGAGAUGAUAGCCGUGUGAGGAAGGACAAGCCCUACGGCCAACCGGCUAGUCAUCAAUAUGUAUGAGCCGUUUUCGCUAUAAGGUGGCAGGUGUAGGUCUGUGCUAAUGCACUGCAAGGCAGGGUGUGCUUUGCUAGAACAUGUGAGGUUAAUGUGCUGCCUUACAAACACACAGUAACUACUGAAGAUGAUAAAUAAUUUUAUGCCUUUUUAUGUUAAUUGGUAGUAGACCUUUUUCACAGCAGCCUUUUAGCAAUGAAAUAUGUAAAUGUAGGCGUUGUCUAAUGACAUCAGUGAUUUUUUUUUCCCCCUUAAUACCUGCAUUUAUGUU